UCUUUUGCUACAGCGAAGGGCUGCUGCGAUGGCAUUUCCGAAUCAUGAUCAGCACCACUAGACCAGUAGUAGUCUCCGGCGGCUCGUCUCGACAAGUAACCAUAGAAAAGUCACGGGUGUCCGCAAAUGCCACUUGCUGGUUCGGGAGUUCUUUCUUUUUUUCGCAGUGGACUAUUACCAUAAAAAUUGAUCUCGGGCGCUGCGGUAUUCAGGGCUAGAAGAGAAAGUGUUUUUUAUGUUGGAAGAGAAAAAAUGCAGCGAGAUUUCCCAGUGAAUAAUUCAAUAAUACUAUUAUAACCAGAUCAGCGGGGUGAAUCAUUGUACCUGUGUGCGCAUAAUGAAAGUAUGAAUUUUAUAUUCGAAGAAAAAAUGAGAGUGCAUGAUAAGUUGAGUUAUUAUUAUUCAUAAAAAGCCAGAGUGAAUUUUAAUGAAAGUGCUUCAUGGAGAAUAAAGGAAUGUCGGAUGUGGAUUACGCUCGGAAUAACUUGAAGCGGAGAGAGCUGAAACUGUGAUGCAUUAACAAUGCCCAGCCAAAAUGAGUAUUAAUCAUUGCCCAAACCCAGCAGCAACCAUCGCCGACAACUGCUGCUCGAAACAAUAAAAAGAUUGAUAAUAAAAAGCACGACAGGCCAUAUAAAAUGCUGCUAUGAGGCAUCCAACGUUUCGGAUUAUAUUGACCCUGGUUUCGCUGCACCACCUCACCGGAUCGAUACAAGUCGCCAAAAUCGGGCUAAAUGAUAACACUUUCAAAACAAUACCGCGACACUUCUGGCACGACAUCUCCUCGCCAUAUACCGAACUGCCGGAUGACGACAUCGAGGAGGAGUCGGAGGAAAGCACCACCCAUGACCCGUAUCCGUUUUUCGACGAAACGAACAUGACGGCAAAUGUAACCACACAGCUCGGCAACGACGUGUAUCUGCACUGUCGCGUAAACGAUCUGAGGGAACGAACCGUGACUUGGGUGCGUCGAAAAGGAGAUGACAUCCAUUUGAUCACAGUAGGCCGUCACACGUACAGCAGCGACUCUCGCUACUCCUUGCAGUACCAGGCCCCCAAUGAUUGGCAGUUGCUGAUCCAGUAUGCAAAUGAACGAGAUGAGGGCCUCUACGAGUGUCAGAUAUCGUCCCAUCCUCCGUUGGUGUUUCUCGUUUAUUUGAUCGUUGUCGUGCCCAGAGUGGAGAUUGUCGACGAGCGGGGCGUUGCGACGGUGGAUAAAUUCUACAAAGCGGGCAGCACGAUCGAGUUGAAGUGCAUCAUAAGCAAGGUCCCCCAGCCGACCAGCUACGUGACGUGGAAGCACGGCAUGCGAAUGUUAAACUACGACACCAGCCGAGGUGGUAUCAGCGUGAAAACCGACUUGCUGACAGGUGGCGCCAUGAGUCGGUUGUACAUUGCGAACGCCAACCGGUACGACUCCGGCAACUACACCUGUGCUCUGGCUGACAUUGCCCAGGCAACCGUCGCAGUCCAUGUUCUCAAUGGUGAAAAUCCGGCUGCCAUGCAACAUGGCGGAUCAGCCGAAUGGCGUCCAUUGACUAGCACGAUGUUGAUGCUUCUGCUCUUGGCUCUGAUUUCCUACUGUAUCCGGUGACUGUAGAUGGGUUUCAUUCAGUACAUCCAAGGUUUGUUUCAUCAUUUAUCACUAUGGAAAGGCAUUCGUUCAGCUACCAAAGACUAUUGUGCAGAAAAAAAGAAUAUUACACAACUAUCUCUUAAACCAAUUAAAACUACAUUUACAAAACACGUAAUCUAUCUGGGAAAAUCGAAACAAAUAACUUUAUCCAACACUAUUACUCGAGCGGCCAGAUAUCGCUCUGAAUGGUCAAUAUGUCACAUGUGUAGCAUCAGCAACGUUAGAUUUUUGGUGUAUCUUCCCUACGAACGUAUAAAUAUUACCCAUUAAGCAUUCAUAUUGAACACUCAUUUCUUGCCAUUUUAAGCUACGAUAUCGAUGGAAGCCAGUGUCAUUUGCAACCAAAUGUGCUUAGAUUCAUGCUGUUGUAUUGUUUUUCCAAUUCAAACCAAAAUUCAAGCAAUACUUCUCUGUUCAUUUUUGAAGAAUCAGAAAUCAAAUGUAUACUUCACUUAUUAUCCUCCGAAAUAUUUAAUAAGGCCAAGAUUUAAUCUUUUUAGAUACAGGAAAGGUAGAUAAAACGACACAUCAUUCAUCACUACACAUCGAACGUCAGAAAGUAGUUUCCAAUCGGGAGCUGUUUUGUGACAUCUUUCAAAAUCGUCACCCAGUUUCAAGUUGUCAUAGUAACCAAGUUCAAAGCAACUCUGAUCCUACAUAUUCUUCAUAGAUAGCGAAAAAAAAACAUUUUAUGGAAACUUUAAUCGUCCAUUUGAGAUAUUUCUUGUCAGAGGAUUUGGCCAUUGAAAAGUCGAGCUAACAUGCGAUUGCAACAUUAUCAUCGCAAAGUUACUAAGACAACAGAAACGGAUGCCCCAUAUCAAAACUUCUCCGACCUUUACUAAUCUAAUUAUUGAAAACAAAUAAACACUGCACUGUCCAAAACUUCGAAAAAUUAUUUACUGUGUUUCAGAGUGACUCAAAUCUGUAUUUGAAAUGCACGUAAAGAUGCGCCAGUAACGUUUGUAGUUUUACAGUUGUGCGUAAGUAGAAUGAGAUUCUACCCGUGAUGAUUCUAUUAGUAGAAACGAACAAAGUUUGGUAAUCAAAAGAAAAACCUUUAUAUACAUACCGAAAACCAAAUACGAUAGCGCUUAACGAACACGGAAACAUUGAGUGAAAUUUGAUAGUGAGUAAAGUCUAUAUAGGAAUCCUGAUGUUGAUUUUUGUAACCUGUAUAGCAAAUCCGAAUAUAAUUCCAUAUAAAUGUACUACGCGUAAGCCCCAUUUCAUCCGAUUUGGGUCAACUUAAAAUACCCAGGAACUAACGAGUGAACAAAUGCUUUUAUAUCAGCGCUUCUUUACCAUCGGCAAACGAAACGAAUACACUCUCAAAACCAAAACAAAAUCAGUCCACAAACCGCUCACAGCAAUAAAAAAGGAACCUAUUCGGAGCACAAAUUCAUUGUUUGUCGUUGUUAUCCGAAGCAGUAAGAUAUAAAAGCGGAACCAGUAUAUAGAUCCAAAUCCAUAUAAAAAAAAUACUUUCCAAUGUGUUGAAAGAAAGAAAAAUACGCAUUUUAUGCGCAUACCGACGGUGUUGUGACUAGCAAAAAUAAAGAUAAUUAUGUCAGAAUAUUUAUUUUACGAAUCUCUGA